UGAAUUUCGUUUGUUUACGUUCUGGUAUGUGACGUGUUUAGAUUAUUGCAACUCAACUUUUCAAAAUAACAACAAAUAAGGAAAAAUGUUGGAUUUAACAGAUAUGCAAAAAAUUGGUAUAGGCCUGGCAGGUUUUGGUAUAUCAUUCCUUCUGCUUGGUGUUCUAUUACUAUUCGAUAGAGGAUUAUUAGCUAUAGGAAAUUUAUUAUUUUUAAGUGGAUUGGCAUGUGUUAUAGGAUUUAAGAGAACAGCAACAUUCUUCUUUCAAAGACACAAGAUAAAAGCAACUAUCUCAUUUUUUGGCGGAUGUGCCAUAGUCAUUUUUGGUUAUCCAUUAAUUGGAAUGCUUGUUGAGUCAUAUGGAUUCUUUCUACUAUUUAGUGGAUUUUUCCCAGUAGCAAUCAACUUUUUAAGGCGGCUACCAGUUAUAUCAACAUUUUUGAAUUUACCAUUUAUAAAGGGUUUUGUGGAUAGGAUAGCUGGCGAUACCAAUAGGACAUGUGUGUAAAUUUGUUUUUAAUAUUCCUUAAUUUAAAUACCUAGAUAUUUUUGAUAAUUAUAUUUAAAAAUAAUUUUUAGUUCAAUAAAAUUAAAGCAUACUGGAUUGUUUACAAGUGUAUAAAAGAAAA